AUGUCGGUGGUUCAUCUUACCUCCAAGGGCUAUUCUCAAGACCGUGUUGGUCUCAAGACCGUGUUGGCCUCAAGACCGUGUUGGUCUCAAGACCGUGUUGGUCUCAAGACCGUGUUGGUCUCAAGACCGUGUUGGUCUCAAGACCGAGCUAUUCUCAAGACCGUGUUGGCCUCAAGACCGUGUUGGCCUCAAGACCCUGUUGGUCUCAAGGCCGUGUUGGUCUCAAGACCGUGUUGGUCUCAAGACCGUGUUGGUCUCAAGACCCUGUUGGUCUCAAGGCCGUGUUGGUCUCAAGACCGUGUUGGUCUCAAGACCGUGUUGGUCUCAAGACCGAGCUAUUCUCAAGACCGUGUUGGCCUCAAGACCGUGUUGGUCUCAAGACCGUGUUGGCCUCAAGACCGUGUUGGUCUCAAGACCCUGUUGGCCUCGAAAUUUGUUGAACCAACUUUGGAACUGUGUCCACAGAUGUUCAACAUGGCUGCCAACUUGCCUAACAUUGUGGACGAACUACGCUCCCAUAGACUUUUCGAAAUAAUUCCUAUAGAUGUUCAAUUCGACCUCAUCAUGAAUAGCAUCUGUGCAGGACACAAAAAACACAAUUUCCAGGUAGUACACAGCAUGCCCUCCAAGCAUAAGACAAUGGCCACCGAUGGCUUCGAUGAACGACUCCUCGGAUAA